ACCGAUUCCACCGUUGUGUUAAACGGAGAUUAAAAUGACGUUAAUGUAAAAAUGUAAUUUUAAAUUUCGUUUAACACAACGGUUGAAUCGGUCCUAAGAUCUAUGGUCCUAAGUAUCAUACCUGCUUUUUGUUUCAUGGUACUUGGAAACACUCGUAAUAUAGAUAUUUUCAACUUAAAAACGCAUAUUUGGAAGUAAGCUAUCCUGUUAUUAAUAGUUAUUCCUUGCAGUAGAAUACCUGUCAACAGUGCCAGUGUCAUCUGUCGUUUCAAAAUUUCUGUGAAAGGGAGAGUCGGAAUUUUUAUUUGACGACCUCCGAACGACCUUUAUUCGGCUUUAAAAUUUCUGCAGUUCAAAAUUGAAGACACCUACACACUACAAUCAAGAUGACCUGUCCAUCAACAUGUCCCCGAACAUUUGUCGUCGGAGGUAACUGGAAAAUGAACGGCACCAAAUCUCAAAUCGACGAAAUCCUAGGCUUCCUAAGAAAAGGCCCUAUUAAUGACUUUACAGAGGUUAUAGUUGGAGUUCCAGCGCCUUAUCUGGAGUAUGUAGCCAAAAGUGUUCCACAAACUGUUGAAGUAGCAGCACAGAAUUGCUACAAGGCCUUAAACGGUGCCUACACUGGCGAAAUCUCACCACCUAUGCUCAAAGACAUUGGCGUGAAGUGGGUGAUCUUGGGGCACUCUGAAAGACGAGCAAUUUUUGGUGAAUCUGACCUACUGGUAGCUGAAAAGGUGGCGUUUGCUCUACAGAAUGGUCUAAAAGUCAUUGCCUGCAUUGGAGAAACAUUACAGGAGAGAGAGGCUGGUAAAACUGAAGAAGUGGUAUUCAGACAAAUCCAGGCCAUCGCUUGUAAGAUCAAAGAUUGGAAGCAUGUCGUAAUUGCUUAUGAACCUGUCUGGGCUAUUGGAACUGGUAAGACAGCUUCCCCACAACAAGCCCAGGAUGUACACAAAGCACUAAGAUUGUACAUAGCUACACAAAUUGAUGGAAAUGUAGCCAAGCAAGUAAGAAUUCAGUAUGGUGGAUCCGUUACUGCUGCCAAUGCCAAAGAGCUGGCCUCUCAGCCUGAUAUUGAUGGUUUUUUGGUUGGUGGGGCUUCCUUGAAACCAGAAUUUAUUCAAAUUAUCAAUGCCAAACAAUAGUUGCAUUUUAUAUUGUGUAUAUAAUUUUUAUUUUUUAAAUAUUUAAUAUUGUUUUUGAUUAAAUUACUCAAAAUUAUUUAGUAGAGAG